AGAACAUCCAGUCACGGAUAUGCCAAAAGUACGCCCAUCAUACCUUAAGACCUGAAGAUGUUUAUACAUAUCAUAUGUUGCAUCAAGUUUCAGUCCAAUUUUGACCACAAAAUGCGGCCGAGUGGCUGCCCAACACGGCGCCAGGCAGCGCUGCCUUCAGUCGAGCGGUUGAAGCUCACGAUCGAAACCUGUUCCAAUUGCCACUUCCCGGGCCACAAGGCCAAGCAAUGCCCGAUGCCGGCAGAGAGAACUUCAGAAAAGCAGAAGAAGGAGGACGAUGGCAAAGACGGGAAAGAAGCCAAAGGGGCCCGAGCGAGCAAACGCGUUUGCCCGAUCUGCGAAGCGUCCAGCCAUCCGCGCAUUUGCUGCCCGAAGCUCUCCGCCGAACAGAGGGCGGAGUAUCUGGCACGGAUCGAGGAUUUCCGAAAGCUUCAGGAAGCUUUCCAGGAGGCCACCCCGGUGCAAGAGCCACCGAAGGUUAAGGAGAUCAAGGAGGCUACAGCAGCUCAUGUGCUAGUGGCAGCCUACCGGAACAUUGAGGUAGCAGUGCGAGAUCGCAUGCGGGAGAUCAUGACCAGGAUGGGCCUGGAGCGUUUGGUGGUCUUCAGUGCAGCCGAAGAAGCGGCCGAGGCCAAAGCCGCCGCGGACCGAACCAAGGCCGCCGGAAGGGCGGAGAAGGCUCAGCAAGCUGCCCAAGCGGCCGCCAAAAAGGCGGCGGAGCGGAAGGCGCAGAAGGCCGAAGCUGUGGCAAAAGCCCUGGCUGCGAAAACGGCGAAGGUCGAAGCUGCGGCAAAAGCCCUGGCUGCGAAAACGGCGAAGGCAGAAGCUGAAGCCAAGAGGCGCGCUGAAGCGAAGCCGAAGGCGAAGAAAGAGAGUGUCCCUGCCCCACCCGCAGCUCGAGGAAAGCGCGGAAAUCAGGAGACUGGUCCAGGCAAGUUCACCUCGAAGACCGGCACAGUGGAAGUGGUCCGCUACAUCACCGAUGGCCCAGCGCGGGGUUGGAUGGUGAAAGGACGGGCGUACACGUCGUCCACGCAGUACUUUGUGAAGCGGCCGGAGGCACAGCUCUGGGAGACCAGAUAUCAAGCAUUGAAGGGCUAUAAUCAGACGGACCCCAUUUGCACGGCCGUGGAGAAGUUGCGGGUGGAGAUCAGCGAGGAGUUGGCACAGCCUGCGAAGGCGAAGGCCUCCGCCUCGUCCUCGGUCUCCGAGGACACACCCAGAAGGAGCGAAGAUUCGGGUUCCAGGAAGCGCUUGCGCUUGGUGAGCAACUCGCGUCCGGCCCCACCGGAGUCAGAAGAGCCCAAGGCGUCGGCGCCGGCGCCGCCGGCGUCGGCUCCGGCCGAACCAGAGGAACCGGAGCCCAAGCGAAGGGUGCUGCGGCUGAAGGUGUCGUCUUCCAGUGAGGAAGGGCGUGCAUCUCCUCCCAAAGUGAGCCCACCACGCAGAGAGCCACCGCAGCAAGAGCCGCCAAAGCCGCCCAGUAAAGCCCAGGCGAAGAAAGAGGAGUCUCCUCGGCCGAGCCAGGCUUCUCCAAAGAGCAGCCCAAAGGCCAAGGCGAAGGCGGCGAGCGCGAAAGCCAAGCCAUCGCAGGCAGCAUCGCCGAAAGGCAGCAUUCCAGUGCGCAAGGAGCUCAAGCGACGAGCAUCCUCGAGCGUAGAGACCAUCCGAACGUUGGAUUGAAGAGAUUCUCGGCGGCCAGGUCGGUCUGGCCUCGCCUCACGCUGAAAGGUCGGCGGCCAGGUCGGUGUGGAAAUGGGACCAAACCGCGACACUCAAACCAUGACAGCAAUCAAAAUAUGUCUGAACAGAAACACGUAGACUUUUUACAUCAUAUUUUUUGGUGUGGUCACGAAAAAUGUGUGAAAUUUCCACACCCGAGGCUUCAUCAGCUUUCGUUUACUCUUAGAGUUGGACAGCACAAGUGCCC